ACCUCAUUGAUUAAUGUGGUGAAUGCAAUAUAAUUUGGCUCUGCUUGUUUGUAUACAAACUCGGACUCUAAAUUAUAAAUGCCCCCUGUUUCAAAAAUUAACAAGCCACCCCAUGCAUCACUUUCAUUUUCACCAGCCAACAAACAAUAGAUCGCCCAACAGAUGAGUCACCAAUAUUACCUACUCCGUUUCAACAUCCGCAAAAAGUCGGUUUGGUAAAAUAAGGAAGUAGCAUUGUGUAAGGUGGAGGAAAUAUUGAACAAUGAAAACUUAUUUGCUGCUUGUUUCAGUUUUAGUAUGUAACUCAUAUUGUCACGUUAUCGAAGACGAAAACUGUAGAAGUGGAAGUACAAUUGCUAAGGACAUUCUGUUCUAUCGCCACACUUCUCCAUGGCGGCCGUGGGAUAAUAAUGAACAUUGUACAUUCACACUGAUACCAACCCACCCAACAAACCAGUUGAUUAUUAAAAAACGUUACGUAUCUUCUGGUAGGAAUACAAAAAUUACAAUGCCAGAUGGAACAGCUGUAAAAGAAGAUUUUCUAUCUGGCCUUAAGGAUUGGUGCAUGGUGUAUAACAACACGUACUACAGUGGUCUGGAUAAUUGCCAAAUGACUGAAACUUGCAGCAGAAGUGUUAAGAUGAAUAAUAAGAAUUGGGUUGUUAAAACUGACACAGAUGAUUUGAGACUUUUGCUUUCAUUUCACUUCAGCAACUGCACAAUGAAGACAACAGCAGUAACAGCAACUUAUGAAGGUAAAACCACAGCAACCACUGACACCCAACCAACAACUGAAACUCUCCUUUCCACCACCAACCUAAACAGCAACUCUCAACAUGCAGCAACACCUGCAAAUAGAGAACAACUAUUGAUGUGGGUGUCGAUAGCUCUUGGUAUCAGCUUACUACUAUGUAUGAUACUACUUGCUUUAAGUUGUUGGAAACUAAAGAUGGCAACUAGUGGCUCCCAAAUAGAACAACAGAAGCAAACAGAUUCAAACCCUGAUGGUUAUAAGGGAAUGGUUGACAACAUAAUUUACGACACUUCGCGAAAUUAGGUUCAUUUUAAUUUAUGUAAAAAUUAUUGUUAAUCAAGAAAUAAAAAUCAUUUUUUUAAUUUG